UUUUUCCCCCUCCAAAGAUGGCGGCGCCCAGGUCGGUCAGAGCUCGGCGGCUUUGGAACGGUCUGGCGACGGCCGCCGCCUUCUUCCUCCUCCUCCCUCUUCUUCCCGCGGCGGAGGCCGGGGCCGAGGGGGACCAAAGCACGGCCGAGUUCGACGUGAGGCCCGGCGGAGCCGCCCACUCGCUCUCGAAGAGCCUGGUGAGAGCCGGGCGGAGGUGGCGGCCGCUGGUUGGCUGAGGCGCGCCUGACCCGGCGGACGGGGCAGCGCUCUGAUUGGCUGGAGCGAAGCCCCGGGCGGGGCCUCGCGGCGGGGAUUGCGGGGAGGGCGGGGCAUGUCCCUUCGCGGCACCCGUAGUUAGGGGGAAACUUUAGUUCUGUUAAUAAAUAAAUUUCUGUUAAUAAUAAAUUUAUUAUUUUCAGUAGAUAAACAUAGUAAAGAAAGAAAAGAUUAACAAUAAUAAAGACAAACAAAAAAGAAAAGAAAAAGAGAAAAAAGAAAAAAAGAUACAUACAACAUAUUACCACUUAAUUAAUUAAAAUUAAGUACCACCCAUCUUCAUAAACAUAGUAUUUGACUUCCUCGAAUCUCUUCCAUCCGAAUUUCUUAGUAAUUGUAUGUAGCAGUUUCCAAUAUCAGUGGUAUUUGAAACGCUAAUUAAUUAAUUUUAAGCACAGUCUUACCAAUUGUUUCGUUUUGGUGCUUGUUUAUUGUUUUUAUUGCAUUUAUUGAUUGCAGUGAUUUCAUCUAUUUUAUUUUAUUUAUUUAUUUUUAUUCUUUUUUUAAUACCGGCAGCAACCACAAAAACACAUACAACGAAAACCACAAGAACACAAAUAAUGCAAUUUAACGAUUCAGAUUUGAGUACUGAUAUACCUAUAACUACACCCUUUCAACAAUAUUUCCCCACCUCUCCUCCACCUACUUCCCAACGCUUUCCGCCUUAUCGCUUAAGUACUCCUUCCAGAUUUCUUCAUAUUUAUCCAUUCUUAAUUUGCGUCGAUAUGCAAUUCGUUCGUAUGUAACUAGUCUGUCCAUAUUGUCAACUUAUUUAUUUAUUGCAGCAAUUGCAUUUUUUGCAUUUACUUAUUGCAGUAAUUGCAUUCAUUUAUUGCGCAUAUUUAUUCAUUUAUUGCAUUCAUUCAUUUAUUACGUUUAUUUAUUGCAGUGAAUGCAUUUAUUUAUUGCACGUAUUUGUUUACUUAUUGCAGUACAGUGGUACCUCAGGUUACAUACGCUUCAGGUUACAGACUCCGCUAACCCAGAAAUAUUACCUCGGGUAACUUUGCUUCAGGAUGAGAACAGAAAUCGUGCUCUGGUGGCAGCGGGAGGCCCCAUUAGCUAAAGUGGUGCUUCAGGUUAAGAACAGUUUCAGGUUAAGAACGGACCUCUGGAACGAAUUAAGUACUUAAGCUGAGGUACUACUGUAAUUGCAUUUGUCUCCCACCUUUCCCUCCAUGGAGCUUCAAGGCGGUUCACGUGGUUCUCCUAACCCUCCUCAUUUCAUCCCCACAACAGCCUUGUGAGGUAGGGCUGGGCCGACAGAAGGCAGCGACUGCCCCCCCCCCAGGUCACAUCCAGAGAGCUCCAUGGUUGAGUAGGGCAUUUGAACCCUGGCUUCUGCCAGGCCCUAGUCCGACACUCUAUAACCAUUACCCCACACUGGCUCUGGGAGAGUUUUCAUAUUACAGUGGUACCUCGGGUUACAUACACUUCAGAUGACAUACGCUUCAGGUUUCAGACUCCGCUAACCCAGAAAUAGUGCUUCAGGUUGAGAACUUUGCUUCAGGAUGAGAACAGAAAUCGUGCUCCGGCGGCGCAGUGGCAGCAGCGGGAGGCCCCAUUAGCUAAAGAAGUGGUGCUUCAGGUUAAGAACAGAUUCAGGUUAAGUACGGACCUCCGGAACGAAUUAAGUACUUAACCCGAGGUACCACUGUAUAGAUUCAUUAUAUUUUAUAUUCACACUUCAGUGUUUAUUUUCCUCGGCUCCUCUCUCCAUAACCUGUUAACCAGCGCUGUAACAUGGAAGAAAGUGCUGAAUGUUUUAAAGCCCUCGUUUCUGUUUCUUUCUUUCCUUCAGGGAGACUACACCUGUACCUUCACCUAUGCUGCUCAAGGUGGGACCAACGAAGUGAGUUGUGUUAAUCCUAAGGCCAAUUUGACAUAGGUUCCCCCCCCCCCAGCUACUGCCCUUAAUUCUGAAGCUGGAGCGACACUCUUCAAUUCUAUAAGGUGGAACAACAUUCUCCUAAACUCUUAUAUUUGGUGUGAGGCGUUACUGCCAUAGGCAUUGGGAGAGGGGGAGAAAUAAUUUUUCCUCCCCACCCGCAGUGUAUGUGUGGGGUUUUAUGUCAGCGUCACAUCAAUAGGUUCUUCAUCUGUUCAUUUAAUAGUCUCCAAUGGUGGUGAAAGUGAUUGGGGAACCCACAGCAUGGUUGAUUGGGGGCGGGCUGGUGUGGAGGACUCCCUGGUCCUGAAUGGGGAACUGUGCCCCUGAAGGACCAGGUGCGCAGCCUGGGAGUCAUUUUGGACUCAUAGCUGUCCAUGGAGGCGCAGGUCAAUUCUGUAUCCAGGGCAGCUGUCUGCCAGCUCCACCUGGUACGCAGGAUGAGACCCUACCUGCCCGCGGACUGUCUCGCCAGAGUGGUGCAUGCUCUGGUUAUCUCCCGCUUGGACUACUGCAAUGCGCUCUACGUGGGGCUACCUUUGAAGGUGACCCGGAAACUACAACUACUACCUUUAAAGCCCUAAAUGGCCUUGGCCCAGUAUACCUGAAGGAGCGUUUCCACCCCCAUCGUUCUGCCCAGACGCUGAGGUCCAGCGCCGAGGGCCUUCUGGCAGUUCCCUCAUUGCGAGAAGGAAAGCUACAGGGAACCAGGCAGAGGGCCUUCUCUGUGGUGGCACCCACCCUGUGCAACGCCCUCCCACCAGAUGUCAAAGAGAAAAAUAACUAUCUGACAUUCAGAAGACAUCUUAAGGCAGUCCUGUUUAGGGAAGCUUUAAAUAUUUAUUUUAUUUAGGGAAGUUUUUAAUGUGUGACAUCUUAGUGUAUUUUUGGUCUUUGUGGAAGCUGCCCAGAGUGGCUGGGGAAACCCAGCCGGAUGGGCGGGGUACAAAUAAUAAAUUAUUAUUAUUAUUAUUGGUUGAAUUUGGUAGAUUGCUGUGAGAUUUAUUUGUGUGUGAGAGGGGGUGGGAGGUUGUUGGGUCAAAUUAGCCAUAUUGAUCUGUAUCAAUAAACCCCAGCUGUGGGGUUUAUGUUGUUGUCUUGUUGGGCUGUGUAUGUAAUAAAAAGGAGCCACAAUGGGGUGGAGACAUUCUCUUUUGUUUGUCUCCUGCUGAUUUCAAUUUGUUGGUUAGCUUUCCUAGUAGCGGCUGCAGUUUGCUCAUGGCUAAGUUUUAUCUGAUAGGCAGAUCUUGCUUAUCUGAUAGGUAAGUGCGGGCCUAAAUGCUGAGAUUGACUGUUAUUCCUUUUCCCUUCCAAGAAAUGGCAGAUGAGCGUUGGGAUCAGUGAAGAUAACCUGCUGUUUUCCUGUUCCAUCUGGAGGUGAGUAAUAAUAAUAAUACCUUUCCCGCCCCGACCUGGCCGCAGUGAUCCAUGCGACAGUCACCUCCAGGCUUGACUACUGUAAUUCUCUCUAUGCAGGGCUGCCCUUGAAGCUGUCCCAGAAACUCCAGUGGGUGCAGAAUUCUGCAGCGAGGCUCCUCACGGGGUCUCUGCCAUGGGAGCAUAUUCACCCAGUGCUUUUCCAGCUGCACUGGCUCCCGGUGGAGUACAGGGUCAGAUUUAAGGUGCUCAUUUUGACCUUUAAAGCCCUAUAUAGCCUAGGACCCUCGUACCUACGGGACCGCCUCUCCCGGUAUGCCCCACGGAGGACCUUAAGGUCCAUAGAUAGCAACACCCUAGAGGUCCCGGGCCCUAAGAAGGUCAGAUUAGCCUCAACCAGAGCCAGGGCCUUUUCAACACUGGCUCCCACCUGGUGGAACGCUCUGUCUCAUGAGACCAGGGCCCUGCAGGAUCUGAUUUCUUUCCGCAGGGCCUGUAAGACAGAGUUGUUCCGCCUGGCCUUUGGCUUGGAGCCAAUUUGAUUCCCUCCCCCUCUUUCUUUUUUUCUUUUCCUCCUCCUCCUGCGAUGAGGCUACAUUUUAAUAUUUUAAUGUUUCAUUAUUUUAAUGUUGUAUUUUAAUUUUGUUUUUAAGUUGUAAUCAUUCAACUUGUUUUUAUUAUUGCUUGUACGCCGCUCUGAGCCUGGCCUUGGCUGGGGAGGGCGGGGUAUAAAUAAAAAUUAUUAUUAUUAUUAUUAUUAUUAUUAUUUAUACCCCGCCCUCCCCGGCCAGAGCCGGGCUCAGGGCGGCUAACACCAGUAAAAUUACAAUUAAAACAUAAUAAGAAAAAAACCAAUUUAAAAUACAGGUUAAAAUACAAUGUAAAAUGCAGCCUCAUUUUAAAAGUAGCUGAUAAAUCAAGACCAUAAGGGGAGAGGAACAUAAGGGUCAGACCGAGUCCAAACCAAAGGCCAGGCGGAACAGCUCUGUCUUGCAGGCCCUGCAGAAAGAUGUCAAGUCCUGCAGGGCCCUAGUCUGUUGUGACAGAGCGUUCCACCAAGUUGGGGCCAGUACUGAAAAGGCCAUGGCCCUAGUUGAGACCAAUCUAACCUCCUUGAGGCUCAGGACCUCCAAAGUGGUGUUAUUUGUGGAUCUUAAGGUCCUCCACGGGGCAUACCAGGAGAGGUGGUUCCGUAGGUAUGUGGGUCUUAGGCCGCAGGCUGGUGACUGGGAGCGGCCACCAGGAGCAUAUAACACUGGUCCUGAAGAAUUUAUGUUGACUCCCAGUACGUUUCCGAGCGCAAUUCAAAGUUUUGGUGAUGAUCUUUAAGGCCGGAAACAGCCUUGGCUCCGAAUACCUGAAGGAGCGUUACUGAGGUCCAGCUCCAAGGGCUUUCUGGCAGUUCCUUCACUGAGAGAAGUGAGGUUGCAGGGAACCAGGCAGAGGGCCUUCUCAGUAGUGGCACCCUCCCAUCAGAUGUCAAGUAACCAUACAGUCGUACCUCGGGUUACAUACGCUUCAGGUUACAUACGCUUCAGGUUACAGACUCUGUUAACCCAGAAAUAGUACCUCAGGUUAAGAACUUUGCUUCAGGAUGAGAACAGAAAUUGCGUGGUGGCGGCAGGUAGACUGAGGUAAAGUUCUCAAACCAAGACGCUAUUUCCGGUUUUGCGGAGUUCAUAAAGUGAAUCGUUUGUAAACAGAAAUGUUCUUAAACCGAGGUACCACUGUACUGUAUAAGUACCCAGGGUGCACAGGACAACUCUAUACCUUCUUGCUGCUUUCAGAUACCAACCUUGCAACAACAUGCAGUGUUGCCAGAUUCUGCACAGCAGCGCUCAAAAUUCGUCAGACGAUGAUGACCUGUGCCUCAAACUAGAUUUAAUGAGCACUCGCAUCAGAGUGCUCUGUAGACUGAUAGCUGUAGUCUUGUAUAUACUAACCUCUUACGCUCUGCCACAUCCGUCUAAUGUUCCUAACCCUUCUUUUAGACUUCCCUAGCUUCUUUUAGAUUUUUACAAACUAAUAAUUUUUCAGAUUUUAAAUGACUGUACCCCCCCUUUUGGGACGCGGGUGGCGCUGUGGGUUAAACCACAGAGCCUAGGACUUGCCGAUCAGAAGGUCAGCGGUUUGAAUCCCCGCAACAGGGUUGCUCGGUCCCUGCUCCUGCCAACCUAGCAGUUCGAAAGCACGUCAAAAUGCAAGUAGAUAAAUAGGUACCACUCCGGCAGGAAGGUAAACAGUGUUUCCGUGCGCUGCUCUGGUUCUCCAGAAGCGGCUUAGUCAUGCUGGCCACAUACCCGGAAGCUGUACGCCUGCUCCCUGGGCCAAUAAAACGAGAUGAGCGCCGCAACCCCAGAGUCGGCCACGACUGGACCUAAUGGUCAGGGGUCCCUUUACCUUUACCUUUUUAGCCCCCCUUUAUGCUGGUCUAUGACCAUAAUAAAGAUUUGGUUUGGUUUGGUUUGGUUUGGUUUGUAUAGGGCAGGCACAUCCAACUUCCAAGAGACUUCGAUCUACUCUCACUAUAAAAAAAACUGGCAGUGAUCUACCCAUUGGAUUGACCAAAGUUGUUGAGCUUCUUGGGGGAGGAUCAGCCACAGUUGUUGAGCUUUUUUUGGACAUUGACCUGUUGGACAUCCUUGGGAUAGGAGAAGUGUUGGGAUGGGCUUACAAACCCCAGUGGAGCUGGCUACGUAGAGACUGUGUCACACGUUCUCCUGUCUUGUUCCCUAUACAGUGGUGCUCCGCAAGACGAAUGCCUCGCAAGACGGAAAACCCGCUAGACGAAAGGGUUUUCCGUUUUGGAGGUGCUUCGCAAAACGAAUUUCCUAUGGGCUUGCUUCGCAAGACGAAAAUGUCUUGCGAGUUCCUGCGGGUUUUUUUUCCUUUCCCCCCCUUUUCCCCAAGCCGCUUAUCAGCUGAUCCCUUAAGCCACUAAGCCGCUUAUCAGCUGAUCCGCUAAGCCCGCUAAGCCGCUAAUAGCGCUAAUCCGCUAAACCGCUAAUGGGCUGGCUUCGCAAGACGAAAAAACCGCAAGACGAAGAGACUCGCGGAACGGAUUCUUUUCGUCUUGCGAGGCACCACUGUAUAAAGAUCUCAGGGACAAGACCAUCAUGCCACUCCUAUCUGCCAUCCCGGGCCGCUCCUGUGAAGCCAAAUUGUUCUCACUCCUAGCUGACCAGAACAGCUCGACAACAGAGAAGGUUGCUAAAUUUAUCGAGAGAGCAGUGAGACUGAGAGCUGCCAUCUGAAUGACAUCAGUGUCGUCACUCGAAUUUCUCGCUUAGGAUCUUAUCAUUAUUAUCAUUAUGUUUUAUUAUUAGUAUUUUAUUAUAUCUGCCAAGUUUUAAGUACUGAGAGUAUUAACUUAUCUGCAUCUGGUUAUUAUUAUCUUUCUCCCUGUCCUGACCAUUUAUAUUUAUAAUCUUUCAAUUUGGCUGGUCUAUUUACUUAACCGACCUGGAACAAUUUACGAGAAAAGGCUAUGGGACAGAGGGUCAUUGAUGAAUGAUAAUCCAGCUUUUACCUAGGGUUUUAAUAGGCCACAAGAUUAUACAGUAACUAUAUUUGUAAUGUAUUUUUGUUGGUGUUUGUCCUUUGAUGCUAUGGCCUGUUGGCUACGCAAAUAAAGUCAUUGUUGCUGUUGCCCCGCCCUGUAGAUUGCAUCACUUUUUCUCUGCUUCACAACUGUCCGUGGAUCGCAGGGCAAAAGUCUGCAGAGGCUGGGACUGUGGCGGGUUCUAAAUCACACGAAUAGCCUCUUCGACUACGGUGGGCUCCCUGCCGUGCAUGUUCAGUGUGGGGAGGGCUGUGAGGCCAGAGCCUGUUGGCUGCGCAGCAAAGAUGACAAGGCCAACAAGCACUGCUCUUCCCCUCCCCUAGUUUAAGCACCUGAACAUCUCCUCUUAAUCACCCAGCCUGACAUCUUUGCAUAAGUAAAGGACCCCUGAAUGGUUAAGUCUAGUCAAAGGCAACUGUGGGGUUGCAACGCUCAUCUAGCUUUCAGGCUGAGGGAGCCGGCAUUUGUCGACAGACAGCUUUCCGGGUCAUGUGGCCAGCAGGACUAAACCGCUUCUGGUGCAACGGGACACUGUGACGGAAACCAUAGUGCACGGAAAUGCUGUUUACCUUCCUGCCGCAGUGGUACCUAUUUAUCUACUUGCACUGGUGUGCUUUCAAACUGCUAAGGUUGGCAGGAGCUGGGACAGAGCAACGGGAGCUCACCCCGUCGCGGGGAUUCGAACCACCGACCUUCUGACUGGCAAGCCCAAGAGACUCUGUUGUUUAGACCACAGCGCCACCCGCGUCCCUGCAUAUAACCCGCAUACAACCUCUUCCUCUCUUAAUGCUGUGGCUUUACAUUUUGUCCUUUCCUUUCACGUCCAAGGCCUCAAGGGAAGUCUUACCUCUUCUUCACCCAGUUUAAAGGCGAGGUCAAAGGAGCGAAGAUCGAGUAUGGCAUGGCCUACGUAAGUCUUUUCUGUUUCUAGGGUGAGGUGGGGGGCUGGCCAAAGGUCUCCUGUUUGAUCCCUGGCAUCUCCACGUAGAAACAGCCCUGUCUAAAUUUCAUUGUGUUUAUUUAUUGUGUUUAUUUAUUUAUAGCAGUGUUUGUAUGCUGCUGCAUCAUAGAAAAAUACAAAUAAAAACAUAUCAAAAGUGUUUACAGCAAUAAAACCACACAAUAGAAACCAUAACAAUAUUAAAAACAGACACCAAUUGUUCUUAGUUAUUGAAUACAGUUAUUCAAUUGUAUUCUUUUUUAAUUAAUUAAUUAAACAUAAUUAUUACAAAAUAUAAGCAAAAUAUUGCAAAUACAUACAUAAAGGUAAAGGUAGAGGGACCCCUGACUAUUAGGUCCAGUCGAGAGUUUACAAGGAGAUGGUAAAUACUAUCCUUCAUUGCCAUCCUUCCUUUCCUGUUUAUGACCUCCGGGAUUUGCUAAAUGCAUUCCGCAUUCCUCCUUGAUUCCUGUUUUAUUUACCUGGACAUGUAAAGGUAAAGGGACCCCUGACCAUUAGGUCCAGUCGUUACUGACUCUGGGGUUGCGGCGCUCAUCUCGCUUUACUGGUCGAGGGAGCCGGCAUACAGCUUCCGGGUCAUGUGGCCAGCAGGACUGAGCCGCUUCUGGUGAACCAGAGCAGCGCACGGAAACGCCGUUUACCUUCCCGCCGGAGCGGUACCUAUUUAUCUACUUGCACUUUGACGUGCUUUCGAACUGCUAGUUGGCAGGAGCAGGGACAGAGCAAUGGGAGCUCACCCCGUCGCGGGGAUUCGAACCGCCAACCUCCUGAUCGGCAAGUCCUAGGCUCUGUGGUUUAACCCACAGCGCCACCUGCAUCCCUAAAUACAUACAUACAUAUAUAUAUAUUUCAGAUGAGCACACACAUAUAUCUAAAAAGAACAAAAGAGAAAAAAGAAGAAAAGAAAAGAAAAAAAGAAGAAAAGUUGGAAGAAUUUCUUCCAAAUUCUACAAAUAUCUCAAUAUGAAAAUAAUUGUAUUCUUAAUGGCCUUCAUAGGUCUGGUAGGCUAGUAAAGGUAUCAUCAGGCAUUUGAAAGUUGGCACAGGAGGCGCCUGCUGAAUCUCUUUUGGCAGGGAGUUCCACAGGAUUGGGGUGACUCUUGCUAUUAUCAAAUGAGCCUCCCCCACCCCAGUAGUGAGUUGGGUUAUCGGGGUUUGGGCAGUCCCUGGACCUAAGUUGUGCAGGGAUUAGUAGAUUAGCCCUGAAUGGGGUAAUUGUGCCCCUGAAAGACCAGGUGCGCAGCCUGGGAGUCAUUUUGGACUCACAGCUGUCCAAAAUUGCAGGUCAAUUCUGCAUCCAGGGCAGCUGUCUACCAUCUGGUACGCAGGAUGAGACCCUCGCUGCCCUCAGACUGUCUUGCCAGAGUGGUGCAUGCUCUUGUUAUCUCCCGCUUGGACUACUGCCAUGCGCUCUGAAUGCGGCAGCUAAACUGGUGACCGGAAGCGGCCACCGAGACAAUAUAACACUGGUCCUAAAAGACCUACGUUGGCUCUCAGUACAUUUCUGGGCACAAUUCAAAGUGUUGGUGCUGACCUUUCAAGCCCUAAACAGCUUUGGCCCAGUAUACCUGAAGGAGCGUCUCCACCCCCAUUGUUCUACCUGGACACUGAGGUCCAGCUCCGAGGGCCUUCUGGCGGUUCCCUCAUUGCGAGAAGCAAAGUUACAGGGAACCAGGCAGAGGGCCUUCUCGGUGGUGGCGCCCGCCCUGUGGAACACCCUCCCAUCAGAUAUCAAGGAAAUAAACAACUACCUGACUUUUAGAAGACAUCUGAAGGCAACCCUGUUUAGGGAAGCUUUUAAUGUUGCAUGUUUUAUUGUGCUUUUAAUAUUCUGUUGGGAGUUGCCCAGGGUGGCUGGGGAAACUGAGCCAGAUGGGUGGGCUAUAAAUAAUAAAUUAUUACUAUUAUUACAACAGACUUGAACCUGGCUUGGUAGUAAGGGGGAAGCCACUUUAGGCUACUGAGAAAAGCAACUAACAAAUAAGUAAGCAAAGACCUUCAGGUCCUUCUGCCAGUCAGGUCCUUCUGCCAAACAUUGCUUGACUACAACUCCACUGGCCAAGGCUUGCUUGGGAUGAUAAGAAUUGGAGUCUCAAAGAACCUGGCGGUCCAAAGGGUUCCUUCCCCAAACUUGGUGUUGAUGGCAUUGGGCUUGGAUAGACCCAGCGCCCUGAAUCAGUGGAAAGCAGAUUUCUGCAUUCCUGUGACAACUAGUUUGAGCAGCAGGCGGGAGAGAAAUUUUUGGACAUGGCCGUCUGAGUACCUUCUGUCUUGUUGCAGUCCACAGCUGCAGUUGGAGGGCAGAGUGACGUUCCCUUAAAGGAGGAGGAAUUCCAGGUGACCGAAACGGCAGGUGAGUAGCAGUGGGAGGAGCUGAUGACACUACUUUGGGGGUACAGAGGGCUGCUUGGGGCGGACAAAGCCUCCAGAGCGUUCGUGGCAGGAGCUCAGCACCACAUGUGGUAGAAGAUACCUUCCCUUCCCUUACAUUUCCAACACUCAUUGGUUCUUGUCUUGCACAUUUUAGCUAGUUUAAAGGUAAAGGUAAAGGGACCCCUGACCAUUAGGUCCAGUUGUGGCCGACGUUGCGGUGCUCAUCUCGCUUUACUGGCUGAGGGAUCCGGCGUACAGCUUCCGGGUCAUGUGGCCACCAUGACUAAGCCGCUUCUGGCGAACCAGAGCAGCGCACGGAAACACCGUUUACCUUCCCACCAGAGCGGUACCUAUUGAUCUACUUGCGCUUUGGCGUGCUUUCAAACUGCUAGGUGGGCAGGAGCUGGGACCGAGCAACGGGAGCUCACCCUGUCGCGGGGAUUCAAACCGCUGACCUUCUGAUCGGCAAGCCCUAGGCUCUGUGGUUUAACCCACAGCGCCCCCCGCGUCCCUCUCAAGAGACUGCUUGUGGGCAAAUUGGUUACCUGUGCCCCUUUGGUCUGAGAACAAAUCAUGUCUCCACAGCGCCACCUGCGUGAUCCUACACGACAGAUGGCCAUCCAACCUCUGUUUAAAAAGGAGAGACUGUUCCGCUGUUGAACAGCUGUGAUCCUGCCUUUCCUUGUGUUUUCUGCCCUUCUGUUCACCCUGCUGUCGUCUUCUCCCCUUUGCAGUGUCUCACAAGGAAGGUAAAUUCCGCUCAGAACUCUCGAAGCUGCUGAUCGUCGCCAAAACGGCCCACGACGAGCUGUGAAUCGCCGAGAUCCCAUGCCUGUUAGAAGGUGCUGUGCUUUGCCGGGGACAUUGCAAGCGGAUCUUCUGGCCGACUCUUGCAGGGGUGGGGACCUCCUGUGCGACGCUGGAGUAGGAAUUGGGGGAAGCAUUUGCAAAACUGCACAGUGCUUCGGCACCACAAACCCUGAAAGCUCCUCUUGAGAUGUUUCUGGUCUUCUGCUUUGGAAUACGAAUUGUCACCGGCGGUGCGGGGAAUAAAUGUGGGGCGCCGUUUAUCAUCCUAGCAAUCUUCGUUUCCAGUCUGAUGGUGCAUCACCAGAUCUGGGAGAGACCAGCGGCAGCUGUCACAGAGAGACUGCGUCCGAAAACCAUCACAGAAGUUUCGAUUCCUCUGAUCGUUUUUCAUCCAGAAAGGACCAAAUAAAUACACCGGCGCAUUCCCCCCCCUUCUCUCCCCCCUCCGUAAUCCAGCUUAAUAACCACAACAGAAGCCCACCUUCUCUCUUCCUUGGUGAAAAAGGGCAAUAGUUCGAAUAAAUCAGAAUAUAUAUAUCUU